AUGUAAAUCAUAGAAUGUUUGCAGCUACAAGUACUAGCUUUUAAGUAAUAUAAUAGUCCAAGCAAACAUUUUUAGAAAAAAGAUUUAGUAAUUCACAAGGCUCAACAUCUCAAAGAAAAGCCACAAAAGGACUUUGCUUAUACCUUUGGAGGUAUCUCAACUGAUUACAUGCUAGACAUUGAUUACGAUGCAGAUAACGGUGGAUGGAAGAACCCUGUAAUUAAGGCAAAUGAGCCAUUUAUGCUGGACCCUGCAAACGCCACUCUCCAAUAUAGUAUUGAAUGCUUCGAGGGUAUGAAAGCAUACAUUACCGUAGACAAAAAAGUCGCUUUGUUCAGACCUGACAUGAACUUUAAGAGAAUGAACACCUCUCACAAGUAAUUGGGGCUACCAGCUUUUGAUGGAGAUUAGAUGACUGAAUGUUUGAAGGAAUUAGUUAAGAUUGAAAAGGAUUGGAUUCCAGAUAGACCAAUGCAUUCUCUUUAUAUAAGACCAACUUCAAUUUGCAUGGACAAUAAAUUAGGGUUAUCUAGUGUUAAGAAAUGCAAGACUUUCGUUGUUUUAUGUCCAGUUGGUCCUUACUACCCAAGAGGAUUCUAGCCAGUUAAGUUGUAUUGCGAUACUUAAAUUGUAAGAGCUUGGCCAUAAGGAUUUGGAGAUAAGAAGAUUGGAGGAAAUUACGCACCUGCACUUAAAACUUAAAGAAAGGGCCAUGAGCUACAUGGAGCAGAUUAAGCUCUCUGGCUCCUUCAUGAUUACGUGACUGAAGUAGGUACUAUGAAUUUUUUCGUAUUCUGGAAGAAUGAGCAAGGAGAGGACGAGUUGAUAACUCCACCUCUUGAUGGCACCAUCUUGCCAGGAGUAACCAGAGAUUCCAUUCUGACAAUUUGCAGAAACAAAAACCAAUUUAAGGUCUCAGAGAAGCCUUUCAAAAUCCAGGAAUUGAUGAAAGCUUGCACAGAAAAGAGAGUUUAUGAAGCUUUUGGAGCAGGAACAGCCGCUAUUGUUAGUCCCGUCAAAUAGUUCGUUUAUGAUAACGUUAACUAUGAGAUUCCAAUCGAUGCAUAAUCUGGAGCUGGCAAACUUACUCAUGAAAUCUUGCAAACCAUCACGGAUAUUCAAUAUGGAAGAACCAAAGGACACCAAUGGAAUAUUGAAGUUUGCAACAUUUGA